AUGGAUUUUGAGGAUUUCUUAGCAAACAAGAUGGAUAUUUUACACCUUAUCAAGCCACAGACGGACCAGAAGGCCGCGUUCGCAGCUAGUUUGGCAAUGCAACGUGCCUACACUCCCCCGCCCCCCGGAAUAGACUACCUCUACCGUGACGACUGGAUGGCGUUCCCUCCAGUUCGUAAACAGCUGUUGAUGACUCCGGUGCGUCAUCUGAGGCUGUGCCAAACUGGCGGGAAACCUUGCGAAGACAAAGACGACUGCAUCGCUAGAGUGAGGCGAAUACAGGAGAAGCACGUGGUGGCGGAGUGUCUGGAGGAUAUUGCAUACAAUUUUUUGGUAGAUCAUGAGGGCAGAGUUUACGAGGGAAGGGGGUGGAACGUACAAGCACAAAGACCACCAAAGUACGAAUAUCUGAAGUAUUUCUGCUUAGACAUCUGCUUGAUAGGGAAUUGGAGGAAAAAUCCAGUUCCUGAUAAGGCUAUCAAAGCGGUCGGUGACCUUAAAAAAUAUGGAGUCGCGUCAAACUACAUCGAAAAAAGACAUGUACUAUUAGGAUACAGGGAGGAAGCGAUAGUUAAAGAAGAAACGAAAAGGAAACUUAAAAAUAAAAAUAAGACAAAACAGGAUGAAAACGUGGAGAGUAACCUUGGAAGUGAGUUAGAAGGUGAAUGGGAAACUAAUGAUGAAGAUGAAGAGUCCAUAUAA